GCUGCUGCUGCUGGUGGUGGUGGUGGUGGUGGUGGUGGAUCAUCAUCAUCAUCAUCAUCAUCAUCAUCAUCAUCAUCGUCGGACCGCGGCUUCACCCCGGGCUUGUCGUACACGCGCGAGACUCUCUCUCGGAUCGAAGUCGUCUUCGGCGGAUUUUUGCUCGCGUGUUCGGUCGCUCGCUCGCGCCCCGCAGUGCCAUCGGUGGUGAUCCACAAUCGAUACAUCGUGGAUGAAAGUCGGAUUGCCACCCGGCAUGUUUGCAUAGGUCCGGCCGUCCAUGCCGACUCCAGCAGCGGCGGCGGCGGCGGCGGCGGGGCGAAUAACGACAGUAGCGCUGCCGCCCCCCUUCCCUUCCCGGCUGCCCGUUCCGCCCCGGCCGCCCGGCCCCCGCCCCGACCUGCGCCCCGACCCGCGCACGCCCGCGCCCGCGGCCCCGCGCCCGCCCCCGCUCGCCCCGCCCGCCCCCGUCCCGGCUCCCCCCGCCCGCCCGCCCCGCCCCGUCCGCCCCGCCCCGGCCCCCGCCGCCCCGCCCCGCCCCGCCCGCGGCACCCCGGCCCCCGCUUCCGACCCGCCCCUCGCGGCCCGCGCCUCACGCCCCGGCCCCGCCCCGACUCAACGCCCCGCCCGCACGCCCGCGCUCCCCCCCGCUCCGCCCCGCCCCGCCCCGCCCCGCCCGCUGCUGGGCGCGCGAAAGAGAGAGAGAGAGAGAGAGAGAGAGAGAGAGAGAGAAAGAGAGAGAGAGAGAGCGAGAGAGAGAGACGUAUCUGA